UUACUAUGGCAGCGAGGACGCUCAGACUCCUAAACCAGAGCCAGAAGCGGACGCUUCUCUAGUCCUUUGCAUGGCACCCAAGAAAGAUAAAGGGGCCGUCACCACAAGCGCCAAAGCUUGGGAACCCUUACUCACUUCUGCCGUCUUUAACCAGGCUGAUUGGAAGGGCAGCAUCAGUUUUGUGGUUGGCAGCCGUAUUGAGGAUGAACUACUUAUUAAUGCCCUUGAGCUUGCUGUUCAAGUCCCCCAAAGGAAGCUCUUCAGCUUGGUGUCAUGGAAUAAUAUCCUGGCUCAGAUCAAUGCACCUCCUCCAGCCCCAGCUGGAAAAGGAAAGAAACAAGCUGUACCCGUACCCUUGUUUUAUGAGGUAAUAAGUGCAGCAAAAGCCAUUAUGGCUGCUGGAGAAACACUUUCCACGCCAUUGAUUGGGAAGCUCAUUAAAUAUGAGCUGAUGAAUCUCAAACAAAAGGAUGAACUACGAAGGGCUGCGGAGAAGAAGGCAAUCGAAGACAAGCUAAAGGCAGAAAGGGACAAAGAAAAAGGAAAGGCCAAGCCUGCUGCAUCAAAGGAGAAGAAAGUCAAAGGAAAAGGAAAGGGAAAGGAAACAACAGAUACAGGACAAUCAGUGAAAAAAGACAGCAUAUUGAAACGGCGAGGAGAAGAGGAGAAGACUAAAAAAUACAUUGAUGAUGAACCAGAUGAUGGUGCCGAACAUUACUUUAUCAUCACAGGCUUUCACAAUCCGCAGUUACUGGCAAUUCUGACAGAGCUUGGGGUCCCUGUGUCCAAUGUGAUUAAGCUAUGCACUGAUAAUUAUGAACCUCUGAAGGCGUACCUGUCUGGAACUACCCAGCAAAAUGAGUCAUCACUUCUGUCAGAGAGUGUGACAUCAAAAGAGGUAGAUAGUGAAAAACGGAAGAGGGAUAAAUCCGUGAAAGAUCUUGAAAUUUUCUGGAAAUUCUUGGAACCGAUUCUGAAUAAUGGGAAACCUGAAACUAAUCUCUUUGACAUUGCCAGGCUUGAACAUAUAGUUAAGGAGGAGCUCUUUCCUGAAGACUGGUCAGAUGAAGAAAAGAUGCUAGCCCUUGGUACUGAAAUUUUUGAAAUCAUCGCUUGCCUGAUAUAUGACAGCUUGGACUGGAGGCGGCAACAUCAGAACUACUUAGAAAAUAUGAAACUUAUUAACGUCCCACAAGUAGUCACUGAAAAAAGCCAUCCGGAAAUCCCUAUGACUCCUGAGGCAGCAUCUGCAAGUUCAGCUGCAGCUUCAACCAAGAAGAAACCACAUUUGGAAGACAUAUCACCACCACAAGAUAGUGCCCUCACUACUGAAGUGGAUAUGAGAUAUUACAAUGAUUUGAUGGAACAGAUUCCUGAAGAAUUCAUUUCUGUGCCUUUGAUUCUUAACUGCAUCCUGGAACAGAUCGUGGCAACAGAGAAUGAGCUUAUCCCACCUAGCUUAAUGCCACCCACACCCAGAGAGGACGGGUUGGAUCCCCGAAUUGCAGCUCACAUUGUAUCUAUCCUGCCAUCUCUUUGUCUCACAGAGUCUGAAAAACAGAAUCUGCAUCGUAUAUUCUUACCUGAAAAUGAGAGAGAGAAAAAAGCAGACCAGAAAGGUCCUCUCAUUCUAAACUACCAUGAUGCACAGGGUCACAAGAGGCAUGUACUAAAGGCCCAGAAGAAUUUUGACCCAGUACAAAUUGAGCAGGAGAUGCAGGCCAAGCUACCACUGUGGAAACUUCUUCAAUUCCCUUUGCUUCCUUUGUGGAAUAACACCAAACGUCUGGCUACAAUUCAUGAACUCAUGCACUAUUGUACUAAUGAACUCUUGAGCUGGAAUGAAGUAGAAAGAGCCUUCAAAGUAUUUACUUUUGAAUGUCUACAAUUAACCGAAGUAGAUGAGUCUGGAAAACUGAAGGCUCCCAAGAUGGAGGGUGCAUCUGAUUCUGAAGUAUUUCACAUCCCAUGGGACAAUCCUGCCAGAUUUGCUAAAUAUAUAAGACAACAACAACUUAUAAAAAGAAAUAUAGAGGACAAUGUUACUCCAUCAUCUGUUCUACCAGAAAAGAAAACAAAGUUUUCCCAAGAAGACUGGCUCAAGAGUAACAAAGAUGAAAAUAAGAAAUCAUCAGUGGAUUCUUCUAGUCAGAAACAAUCAGAUGAUAUGAAAAAUAAAUCAUCGACCUUUUCAUCUACCAUUAAACAAACGGAAAGCAGCAGUAUAAAAGCACUAUUUAUUGAAAGCAUUAAAGACUCUCAGACCGAAAGCAGACUACAAGGAGAGCAGGAGUCUAGCACCAAAUUGACAAAAUCAAAAUCCACAGUGCAUUUAUCAAGUGAAGAGAGCAAAGGAGGAGAGGGUGAAGAUGAUCUUCUUGAAAAGAAACCAAAGAAGAUCAUCAUAGAAGCAGAUUUAGAAGACAUAAAAAAGACUCAGCAACGCUCUUUGAUGGAAUGGAGUUUUAUUGAACAUUUUAAACCGCAAGUCCUCCUGCAGGUUCUUCAAGAGGCAAGUCAGGAGUUUAGAUGCAUUGACUCCUAUUAUCAUACCCAAGACAACUCUUUGCUUUUAGUUUUUCAUAAUCCUAUGAAUGUACAACGCCUAAGUUGUGAAAAAUGGGAGAUUUCUCUUCAUUCUAAUGUUGGAUUCAGGAACUAUUUGGAACUAGUGGCUGAUUCUAUUCAGGAAUGGGUCAUACAGGAAGAAGCAAAAUAUCAGGAAAACAAAAUGGCUGAAGAAAUAGCUCUUGCUUUGGCAAAACUAGAAGAAACCUCUUCUCCUACAAAAUCUACUCUCUCUUCUCCAAAAAAAUCAAAAAAAGAUGCCAAAACAAACAGCAAAUCUGUUGUUGAGGAAGAGAAGGUGGUGAAAGAAAAGAAUAUUUUUAUCCUGGAAGGCUCCCUCAAGGCUUGGAAGGAAGAACAGGAACGGUUAGCAGAAGAAGAACGACAAAAAGAAGCAAAGAAAUUAGAGAAAAAAGAAAAAGAUUCUGCGAAAAAGAAAAAAAAGUCUGAUAAGCCAGAGAAAGAAGAUAGUAAGAGUUCCAAGAAGAAAUCAGCCUCCAAAGAGAAAACUAAAGAUGAAUCUAAGACCAUACAGAAGCAGGAGGAACCUCCUCCACCACCUCCCCCUGAGAAAGUUUAUAAGUUUCAAGGAUAUAACAUGGGAGAGAAUCCAAUACAAGUCUCUGGGACAAAUUAUUAUUUGUACCCCUCGGAUGGAGGACAGAUUGAGGUGGAGAAGAUAGUAUUUGGAAAAGGACCAACUUUCAUAAAAGUGAAGGUGAAAAAGGACAAGCAUAAUUUCUUUAUUCAUCUGAAAGACCCCAAGAAACUCCAGGGAAAGGUGAGAAAACAAGAAGAGAAUGAUUCUUCAGAUGAUGAAGGCAAAGUUAAAAGAAGGAAAUCAAAGACAAUAAUGACAGAAGCAUCUCUCCAUAAGAACAGAAUGGUUAGCAAGUUUGGGUCUUUCUCUGCCACCUUGGAAAAUGGAAUCACCCUCUCCAUAAGUUACCAUGGACCAAGUGGGGAACCACCAGAGGAAAAGGAUGUUGAAUUAGAAGAAAUGUUGAAUAUCCCUUCAGCACAUACUCAAACUGUGGUUCCUGCCCCACCUACCCCAACUCCAAAAGGAAAAAAAGGGAAACCUCCCCCUAAGGGCAAAGAAAAAAAGGAACCCCCCAAAGAAGAAGAGCCACCUCCUAUGCCGAAGGAAGAAGAGAUAAAGGAAGAAGAGAGUGAGGCUCCAACAGAGCCCCCCUUUAUUCCUUCCUUCCAAAAACUAAAUAUUUCAUGUCCUAAUGGGCUGGUAUUGACCUUCCUUGGCCACCUUUCUACAGGUCCACGCAUUGGGGAUGAUUAUACCUGGGACAUCAUGGUUCGGCAGAGUUAUCCUCAAAGGGUGAAGUACUCUCAGACACAUAAAACUGUGACACCACCAAUAGAACAGGAAUUGUCCAGAGUUAUUAACAGUCAAGGGACUGUUGUCAAGUACAUGGUGGAUGGAUCCACACAGAUACUCUUUGCAGAUGGUGCAGUAAGCUACAGUCCAGAUUCUGGUCCUGUGUGUGUCCACUCGGAUAGUUCUACAGCUCCAGGCUCAACAGAAAUGAGAUUCUCAUUUAUUCUACAAAAAUCAGAAAAUCCCCCAACUGAAGUCCCUUUCAAGAAAGGAAAGUCUCCAAAAAAUACAUCUCUACUCUUAAACAAGGGUGAGUCCCAUGAGCAAGUACAUUAUCAACUACCAGUACCUGAAGAAAUCCAGGCGGGCACCUGGUUUACUACUACACCUGCAGGCAUUCGAAUUGGCACCAAAGGAGUAGAAAAACUACCAGAACUGGCACCAUAUCUGUCCUUUCAAGCUACGGAUCCUGUUGAUGGAACGGUGAUGACAACUCGAGAAGACAAAGUAACUAUUGUGAUAAAAACUGAUGGGACAAGGAUAGUGGAUCAUGCUGAUGGUACCCGAAUCACCACCUUCUAUCAGAUUUAUGAAGACACUAUUAUUCCUUCAAGUGACCAAGAAAUAAAUGAAUCCCCAUGGUCCAUCACCAGGCAAGUGAAGUGUAUGCGAAUAGAGAGCCCCCACUAUGCUUCUGUUAUUACAAACUGUGAGGACAGCAGCUGCUGUGCCACUUUCGGAGAUGGGACAUCAGUUAUUGCAAAGCCACAAGGGACAUACCAGGUGCUACCCCCCAGCACUGGUUGCCUUUCCAUUGAUAAGGAUUGCUCAGCCAUUUAUUCCCAUGAAUCAAGCAGUGACACCCUCUACCAGCCUUUUAGCCAGCGUGAGCAACUGCGAGCCAGCAGGUACAUUAUGAAGCAUACUGCCGACAUCAUUUGUGAAGUUCUGGAUCCCGAAGGAAAUGUUUUUCAGGUCAUGGUCGAUGGCACCAUAUCAACUAUCAUCCCUGAAGCGAGCUCGGAGGAGGAAACGACUGAGGAAGAGAGUGAGGAUUAUGAUAGUUUAGUGCCUGAUAAAGUAGAAAAAAAUCCUCUUCAACCUUAUGGUGAACAUGUCCCCAGAUUUUUUGUUAUCUAUGCGGAUGGCUCAGGAACUGAACUUCUCCGGAAUAGUGAUAUCGAAGAGUAUCUCUCUUUGGCGUAUGGGGAAUCGACCACUGCUGUCCUGCAGGAGCCGGUCCAGGAAUACCCAGGUGCCCUGAGCAUCACGGUUCUUCGCCCUUUUUAUGAAGUAUCUCCAUGGAUUAUGAAGAAAGAAUUAGAUACAAUUGUUCCCACUAAUCUCCAGUCAAGAUCAUGGGAUACAUUCCCCGCAUAUGAGAAAAGAACUCCAGGUGCCCCAUUUGGAACCCACAUUUGGAAGGGUCUAUCCAUAGGGUCCCUGCACUUGGCUUACCUACCUGCACCUAUACGAAAAUGCCCCAAAGUGCUCCAGGUCCGGCAGUUCAUUCAGCAUGAGAUCAUUAAGAAUGAGUUGAAAUUAAAGCUACAGUUUUCCCUUAAGGAUUACAUAAAUCACAUCCUAAAGAAGGAGGAUGAAUUACAGGAAAUGACUGUUAAAGACUCUAGAACUGAAGAAGAAAGGGGCAAUGCUGCAGACCUGCUCAAGCUGGUGAUGUCUUUCCCUAAAAUGGAAAAAUCCAAAGAAGAUCACUUUACUGAAGUACACUUGGCAGAAUUGUACAGGCGUGCCUUGGCUAGUCCAGAAGUGUCAACAAGAAUAAACUGGGAUAAGUGGAGCCGUGCCAAACCCUCAGAGCGCUGGAAAGAAAAGCUGGAGCAGAAUAGGCAGGAUAUUCAAGAAACCCAAACUUGUCUAUUAGGGUUAAGGAAGCGCAUAAUACCUCCAUAUUUCCAGUCUGAAUUUGGCAAGCUAUUUUUGGAGCAGUUUCAAAAUCUGGAAGCGAUUUCUAAAAAACUUCCACCCAUUCAAAAGGCAGGGGAAGAUCUAAGCAGAAACUCUUCUCAAAACACAUCUGACAUUGAUCCAGAGAGUAGAGCAUAUAAAGAUAUAAACCAAGAUGCUUCCGAAUUGCUUAGUCUUUUGGUAUCGGAGAGUUCAGUAGAAACAAAGGAAUCCAUCAGUCUACUCCACAGUGAUUACCUUGCCAAGUCUGACAUAGACUCUGAAUCAUCAUGGCUGCCUGUGAAAAUUCCAACCCAGUCAUUGCUGCAAAAUGCUGCUGGACAGCCCAGGAAGGAGAAAGUAAAACUACCUAACUACUUAAAAAGUUCUAAGCCAAAGAAGUCUCUACCCCUUAAAAAGGUAGAAGAUUCUGUCGGGGGGCGAGUAAACACAUCCUCAGUGGCGGCUGCAGCCUUGAACAGUGUGAAACCUCCCCCUUAUGGCUUCCAUCUUCUUCCACCAGAGGUGAACUUUGGAGUCCUGAAGGAGGGCCAAACCUAUGCAGCCACAGUGAAGCUAAGAAACGUUGGUGUGGAUUUCUGCAGAUUUCAGGUGAAGCAGCCCCCACCCAGCACUGGACUGAAAGUGACUUAUACCCCAGGACCAGUAGCAUCAGGACUGCAGGUGGACCUGCAGGUGGAGAUCUUUGCCAUGGCUGUUGGAGAGAAUGCCAGUAAGGGAAUCGGAACCAUUUCAUAUAAUAUUGAGAUUGUAACUGAACAUGAAAUUCUACUCCUACCAGUGGAAGCAAUAGUUUUAACACCUAACGCCUAUGACUCAAGACCAGAAAGUUUUCCCACGGGGAAAGAAAAUUCAUCAGUUCGUCGUGUUUCCACAGUCCUCAAGUCUCAUAAAAUAUCACAUAUGUGAUCAUCAAGCUCCUUUUUAUGGAGCAAGAAGAAAAUUAACCUCGAUCCAUUGGGUAUCUCAGAAGUGUCACUAAAGAUGCAGUAGGCUUCCCUUACCCUUCUCUUUUUUAAGCUUCAAGGUCAAGUGCCUUAUAAACCAUAUAUGUAGUUUUUCUAUAUAGCAUUUUAGGCUACCCAAAUGUGACCCUCAUGAAAGCUGUAUUACUGUCUCCUAGAAAAAAAAUGAAAUAAAAUACCUUUGUACUAAG